AUGGCACCGCCAUACAAGCUCGCAUUCACCCUCCACGGCCAUUCGGCCGAUGUUCGCAACCUCGCAGUCCCAAACACAGAGGUGCCCCUCCUGCUCUCGGCUUCGCGCGACGGCUCAGCAAUCGUUUGGGGUCCGUCACCCAGUAAGGAAUGGGACGCCAAGCUCCGCGUCGAAGAGCUCGAGAGGAAGUAUGUCAGCUGUGUGACCAUGGUCAAUUACCAAGGACAAGCAUACCUGCUCACCGGAUCGGCGUCCGGCAUGUUGUCGUCCUUCCUCCUUCCCUCUCUCGACUCUGAGCCACCAGCACUUGACGCUCCCAUGCAACAGCCCCUUCACACUCUUAUCGAGCAUGGCCAGAACCUGUGCUGCAUCGACGCUAGCGCAGGUGGUCUCAUUGCCUCGGGGUCGUGGGACAAGACUGUCAUCAUCUGGAAGGACUUUAAGAAGGCGAUUCAGAUCAAGACCCACUCCCAGGCCGUGUGGGCUGUCAAGUUUGUCGGCGAAGACCGUGUUCUUACUGCGUCUGCCGACAAGACCAUCACUCUUCACGCCAUCGACGUCGCCAACGGCACGACCCACCCUCUCCAGACGUACACCGGCCACACCGACUGUGUUCGCGGCCUGGCUCUCCGCCCAGACGGCACUGGAUUCUGGAGCUGUGCCAACGACAGCCUGGUCAACCUCUACUCGUUUGACAACCCUGCACCUGUCCGCUCGCUCUCUGGCCACACUUCCUUUGUUUACUCCGUUUCGGCCUUCCCCGAUGGCUCUGGUGCCAUCUCAUCGGGCGAGGACGGCACUCUGAGGGUGUGGUCUGAAACCGAGCUCGUGCAGACCAUUGCCCAGCCUUCCAUGUCGCUGUGGUCCUGCGCGGUUGUCCCGGUUCCCGGCAGCAGCGGAUACUACCUCGCGUCCUCGUCUGCCGACUCGAUGAUCCGGUUCUUCACGCAGUCCGAGGAGUUGAUGGCCCCUGCUCAGGACCUCGCGUCUUGGGAUGAGGAGGUCAGCCAGAGGAAGCUGGACAAGAGCCAGGUUGGCGACGUCAAGCGCUCCGAUCUCCCUGGCAUGGACGCUCUCGGCCGCGAAGGCAAACACGACGGACAGGUCAUGAUGAUCAAAAACAAUGACAACGUCGAGGCGUACCAGUGGCAGGCUGCCAACUCGACCUGGCAGCAGAUCGGUCAGGUCGUCGACGCCAUCGGAUCUGGUCGCAAGCAGCUCUACGAGGGAAAGGAGUACGACUAUGUGUUCGAGGUUGAUGUCUCGGAGGGCAUGCCUCCUCUCAAGCUUCCAUACAAUGUCACUGAAAACCCAUGGAUCGCCGCCCAACGCUUCCUCGACAAGCACGAGCUCCCUCACGGUUACGGCGAGCAGGUCGUAGAAUUUAUCCACAAGAACACUGGUGGUGUCGAGCUCGGUACCGGUGGCGGCGACACUGCCUAUGUGGAUCCCUUCACCGGCGGCUCGCGGUACACAGGCGGCGGUGUCCCCACUAGCAGGCCUACCGGCAGCGGUGGUGACCCGCUCACAGGUGGAUCGCGCUACACUGGCGGUGGUGUCCAGCCAGGCCAAGGGUCCUUUGGUGGAGGUAGCGACCCCUUCACAGGUGGUGGCGCGUACUCUACCCAGCCCGUGUCGACGCCAAAGGUCUUACCUGUCAAGACGUAUCUGUCAUUCAAGAAGAUCAAUGCGGCCGCCGCUCAGGGUAAGGUGACCCAGUUCAACGACGAGUUCAAGGCGUCUUCCUCUGGGCUGGCCAUCGACGACGAGACAGCAGCCAGCCUCGCCGAGGCAUUCAAGAUUGUGGCCGCCGAUAAGCCCGCCGUCUCAGAGACAUACGACCCGUCCAAGAUCCUCGCUCUUGUUCUCCAGUGGGACGACAGCCAUCGCUUCCCUUUGAUUGACCUGCUGCGCGUCCUCGCCCUCCUGUCUCCAGCCUUUGGUGGCAUCUCGUCUGCCCCCGGUGAUCUCCUGCAGGCUGCUGGCUGGGGUGCUCAACUGAGCACCGCCAAGAUGGCUCCCACCAACCAGGUUCUGGCCAUGCGCACCCUCGCCAACCUCUUCCUUACCGGUAACGGUCGGCAAACCAUGUUGGCCGUGGCUGAACAGGGCUUCCUCCUCGAGCUGGUCAAGGGCAGGAAGUGGGCCGAGGUGGGCACGGCCAAGCAGCCAUUGGCAACCGUGGCUUUGAACUAUUCCAUCCUGGCCGUCACUGGCUCCCUCCCCGCCAGCCAGGCCGGUCCCCUGCUCCGGCUCAUCAACCACAUCCUGGACAACGAGAAGGCAGACAGCGAGACCAUCUACCGUGCCUCCGUCGCGCUCGGCAACCUUCUUUCGUCAUCACUCACUGGUGGCCUGAGCGUCGGCGACGUUCAGGGCGGCAAGACACUCGUGUCGGCGCGUGCUGCCGCCCUCAAGGAGAAGCGCCUGACGGACCUGGCCAGUGAGAUCUCGUCGCUAGGUGCGUAG